AUGUCAUCGUUAUCAUCAGUCUCAUCAACAACUGCAACAACACCUCUAUAUGGUGGUGCUAUUACAAUUCCAAAGCUUCCUCAAACAUUUAUAGACGUAUCCCAGAUCCGUCAGGUUCCAGACACGCAAGAAGUAUUUAUCAACCAAAUUCCAGAUAACACAUCAUCGCCUGAAUCACAAUCAUGCUAUGACCAAUCACUUAUAAUUGAUUUAUUAGAGCAAGUAAACUCGAUCGAGUACGCACAGGCAAUAGCUGAACACAUGCAAGACAUUGUUCCUGCCCAUGUGCAUAACCAACCAUUGGAGGAGAUUCAAGUUGAUGGUGUAACGCGAUAUUUUAGUUAUGUAGUGUUUACACCGGAAUACAAAAGGAAAGAAGAAACGGGUCAAGCUGAAAAGAUUGUGAUGUUUAUAUGUUUGAUAAGGUUGGUGAAGGUCGAGACUGAUGUAAUAGUACAAUUCAAUGUACCGUUCAAAAGUAAAGAAGGUGUCAGUGAUAAAUUAAACAUACAGGCGAGUAAUCAUGAAUGCGGAAACGGCAACCACAGUAAGGAAAAAGAGGUUAAUGAUGUUGUGAAUGAGAAAUAUGCAUUUUUUAAAAAUGUUUGCACUGGAUUCAAAGUGAGGGACUGGAAUCUCUUUGGAUAA